AUGUCACCUGUCGCUUCUGAUUUUGUCCCGUUCACAUUACAAUCCAACUCCAAUAUUAAAGAUUAUCUAAAGGCGAACGAGAAAUGGCGUUCUGAAAUGCAAAAUGAACAUCCAAACUUGUUCACUCUAAAUGGUCAAGGGCAGGACCCUCACACUCUCUUUAUCGGAUGUUCUGAUUCUCGUUACAACGAAAACGUUGUUGGCGUACUACCAGGUGAGGUUUUCACGUUUAAGAAUAUAGCUAACAAAGUCAAUGUGGAGGAUUUGACAUGUCUUGCGACACUCGAGUUUGCUAUCAACGUCUUAAAAGUGAACAAAAUCAUCAUCUGCGGACAUACUGACUGUGGUGGUAUCAAGACAUGUUUGAAGGAUCAAAGAAAGGAAUUGCCUGGUUUGCAAUGCUCCCAUCUACAUCAAUACUUGCAAGAAAUUGAUGAUUUAAUCCACGAGAACAAAGUUUUACUUAACUCACCAGAAUACCAAAAUGAUCUAGAGAAACAGUCCCGUCUGCUAUCGAUACUCAACGUCAAGAAACAAUACGAAAGUUUGCUAAGUGUCGAUACAGUACAGAAAGCUCUAGAAAACAAAUCAAUUGAAACUUACGGUUUGUUAUACAAUGUUGAUUCUGGUAAAGUGGAAAUGAUAGAUUUAUAA